AUGAUAGAGAACUCAUUGACUAAAGAAGAAGGAGAAAAGAAGAAGAAGAAGAAUAAGAAUAAGAAUAAAAAGAAAAAUUCAUCUGAAUAUGUAGAACCUGGUACAAUAGUUGAAGGUAUUAACGAUGAACACAAUCACAUCUACAACUAUGGUAAUGUGAUUGAUGGUAGGGUUGAAACCUCUAUUCCAUGGACCGAAGAAAUAUUGACUCAAUAUUUAAAUGCUGCUGGUUAUGUUCAAGGUUCAGGAAACACUGAAUGCAACAAGGUUGAAAUGAUACCCUACUUUAUUAAAUUUGCAGACAAUUCUCUUUUUCUUGCCAACAACUUUGGUGAAAAGAGAAAGAAUGGUGAAUUUUUCCUUCCCAUCAAGAUCACUGGUGAUGCUUUGACUGACUUUGACACUGUCUAUACUUGGAUUGGAUCUAAAUUACUAGCCAAAUUAAUGAUGGAGGUUAUCAUUACCAACACUAGUAGCCGAUCACAAGCAAAGAUUAGAAUGGAAAAGGAAAAGGUCAGGGAACCUGAAACUAUUGAAUCGGCACUUGAAAAGUUGGGUCGUAUUGCUAUUCUUCAUUGGCACGUACCACAAUGUCAAUCAUUCUUUUGGCAUUUCAGACUGGUGUUGUCAAUUGUAGUUACAAUGAAUAAAUUAGAGAUAAGAGAUACAAGUAAAGAAAAAGAAAAAGAAGAAGAUAAUGAUGGUGAUAGAGUUGAAAUAGAUAAAUUACAGAUCAACGAUGAUGAUCAUCUCGAAUCGCAGCAGACUACAAGUACUAGUACUACUACUUUCAAAUCAACAGAAGAAAAAGAAGAAGAAGAAGAAAAGAAUAAGAAGAAGAAUAAUAAUAAUAAAAAGAAAAAGAAAAAGAGAAAGACAAAGGUUGCAUAUGUAGAACCUGGUACCUUGGUAGUAGGUAUUAACGAUGAACACAAUCACAUCUACAACUAUGGUAAUGUUAUUGAUGUAAAGGGUGUUGAUACUUCUAAACCAUGGACUGAAGAAAUAUUGGGUCGAUAUCUAAAGGAUGCUGGGUUUGUUAAAGGUUCAGGCAACACUCCAAGUAACAAGGCUGAAAUGACACCAUAUUAUGUUAAAUUUGCAAACAAGUUCCUUUUUCUUGCAAACAACUUUCGUCACUAUCGAAGGAUUAUUGGACACUUUAAUCCCAUCGAACUCACUGGUAAUGGUAUGAAAGACUUUGAACUUGCCUAUGAUUGGAUUGGAUCUAGUUUGUUUGAAGAUAUGAAAAACGGUCAGCCACCAUCAUGUGAAAUUAUGACAACUUUACUGCUAGUUGCUGCAUAUUUGAUGGGAUUUCCUGGUUUUGGUCGUGGCUCACUUCCCAAAUACAAGAAUAUUCUCGUCAAGAUGAACAAAGAGAUACCACGCGACCCAUCUCAACUCUUUAUCAAGAUUAAAUACUACUAUUAUAGAUACUAUGGUCUCCCAGAUCAACAAAGAUCGGUUGUAUGGGACAAAGACAAGUUGACACAGUACCUUCAACACAACGGAAUUCGAAAAUACAGUCCCACUCGAUACACCAAAACAGUUGAAAAUAUCCAUUAUAUCACUAGUCUGGCUAAAUUUAUGAUGGAAGUUAUCAUUACCAACACUGAGAGUAACGACGUACUCAUCAAGAUCAAGAUGGAAAAAGAAAAAGUAAAACAAAUUGAAAGCGUUGAAUCGGCACUUGAAAGAAUGGCACGUAUGGCUAUACCACAUUGGAGCAAACGAGAAGAUAGAUGGGCAAUAUAUAUGAAAAUUAAUUGUGCUGCCAUUACACUUUUGGCAUUUCAGACUGGCAUUCAGGACUACGUUUAUCCACCAUUGAUCGAUGGUUAUUUAAAGGAAGAGCUCCUUAACGAUCUAGAAUACGAUAACUUGGCCUUUGAAAAUGACGAUAUUAAAACCAUGUCAUUCAGCAUUUAUCAUUUUCUUGCCAAAUCAUUAAUUAAAUAA